GUGCACACGUUACGUGACGCGCAGCGUCAUCGCUUGUCAAAUCUUUUUCCGCAUCUGUCUGUCUUCGCUCGCUAACUUUAGCCAUGUUUCCCCCCAGUUUCAUUUGUUUGACAUCUCGUGUGGCAGCCGGUUGUCGUGCGUGACAGUCGGACGGACUAUUGCGUUACAUGUUGCUUCUUCUGACAGUUUCACUUUCCAUUCAGGAAACACGUCGGGAAAACCCACAACAACAAGCUAGCCUCUCGUAGCUAGCCGACAGCUUUCAGGAGAAUAACGCAACGGAGCAGCCACAAAGCUUUUAUGAGCGGAGUUUGUCUGACUGGAUCAGAGGAUGUAUCCGCCUUCCAGAAAGGACUUCAUCUCUCUGACACUCAGUGAUUCCCACAGUCACACUUACAACAACGGCAAACACCGGAGACAGUCCUGCUGGAGGAAAUGGAAGCAGCUGUCUCGGCUCCAGCGAAGCCUCGUCCUGUUCCUGCUGGCUCUGCUGCUCAUAUUUGGACUGCUCUCCUAUCCCAGCAUCACAGAGCAGUGGAGAGGGUGGUCUGACAGGGAUGACUGGCUGGAGCUGAAUGACAGAGACGUGAAGGAUCUUCCUCUAGAUGUUCAGGCAAUAUUGGAUCAAGCUGCAGGUAAAGCUCUGCCUCCUGUGGCAGGACCUCAUGUGGUGCCAGCUGUGGAUCCAGAUGCCGGUGCUGUGGUGGAGCCAGAUGGGGGUGCAGGUGCUGUCGUAAAACCAGAUGUGGGUGCAGGUGCUGUGGUGGAGCCAGAUGUGGGUGCAGGUGCUGUGGUGGUGCCCAGAGGACCAAACGUCCCCAUUUUCCCCAAACCUCCCACUAAGAUUAAGACUUUCCCAAACAAGAGAGGUCUGCCGAGCCUGCCGAAAGAUGGCAAUAUUUCAGAUGCAGUCGGUGGGGAGAAGCAAGUGCAAGAGGUGGUGCGAGAAGAAGAAGGGGAAGAGGAGGACAAAGAAAAGAAGAUUGUCAGCUGGAGGGGAGCAAUAAUCGAAGCUGACCAGGCCACAGAGCCACCACCCUCGACCAAUGAGAAAGAAGCUGCGGCUCCCCCUGCCCCAGCCGACCCUGCUGACACCGUGCCACCGGAAGUUUCGAUUGGACCUGUGGACAGACUGGAGGCCGUGUGUGAUGCCUUCAGACAUGCCUGGAAAGGCUAUAAGGACUACGCCUGGGGUCACGAUGAACUCAAGCCCAUCUCCAGGUCUUUCGGGGAAUGGUUCGGACUGGGUUUGACGCUCAUUGAUUCUUUGGACACCAUGUGGAUUUUGGGCCUAAAAGAAGAGUUUGCAGAAGCAAAGGACUGGGUCAAGAAAGAGCUCUCUUUUGACAAGAACGUGGACGUAAAUCUAUUUGAGACAACCAUCCGAGUCCUCGGGGGCCUGCUGAGUACCUACCAUCUGACAGGAGACCAACUCUUCCUGGAGAAAGCUAAAGAUCUCGGGUCUAGGUUGAUGCCUGCCUUCAAAACUCCCUCAAAGAUCCCAUUUUCAGACGUUAACAUUGGAAAGGGAACAGCCCAUCCCCCUCGAUGGACGUCAGACAGCACGCUGGCCGAGGUCACGAGCAUUCAGCUGGAAUUCCGAGAGCUGAGCCGCCUCACUCAGGACCCACAGUACCAGGAGGUUGUGAACGAGGUAAUGAAGCUGGUCCACAAGCUGCCAGGCAAACAAGACGGCCUGGUGCCCAUGUUCAUCAACACCAACAGCGGCCAGUUCACCCACAAAGGGGUCUACACCCUUGGUGCCAGGGCAGACAGCUACUACGAGUACCUGCUCAAACAGUGGAUCCAGGGAGGCAAGACCGAAGACGACCUGUUGGAGGACUACCUUCAGGCUGUGGAAGGAGUGAAAAAACACCUUGUGAGACAGACGGGGGUCAGCAAAUUGACCUUCGUUGGAGAGUUGUCCCACAGCCGCUUCAACCCAAAGAUGGACCACCUUGUGUGCUUCCUGCCAGGAACCUUGGCACUCGGGGCCCACAACGGCCUCCCUGGGGACCACAUGGACCUGGCUGUGCAGUUGAUGGAGACGUGUCACCAGAUGUACAAACAGAUGGAGACAGGGCUGAGCCCAGAGAUCGUACACUUUAACCUGCAGGCCAGUGAUGGACAAGAUGUAUUUGUAAAGCUUGCAGACAGACACAACCUGCUGAGGCCAGAAACGGUAGAAAGUCUGUUCUACAUGUACAGAUUCACGAAGGACACCAAGUACAGAGACUGGGGCUGGGAAAUACUGAACAGCUUCAAUAACUACACUAAAGUCCCCGGUGGCGGCUACACGUCCAUUAACAACGUCCGCGACCCCGUGAACCCCGGGCCCCGGGACAAGAUGGAGAGCUUCUUCCUCGGGGAGACGCUGAAGUACCUGUAUCUGCUCUUCUCUGACGACAUGGAGCUGCUCAAUCUCGACAAGUAUGUCUUUAACACAGAGGCCCACGCUCUGCCGAUAUGGCCCUCCCCACCCAAGUGAUGUCACCGUACAGGAGAUGUGUGCAAAGAUCCGAUCAACAGAGUCCUGUACGAGUCGAAGACUGUUGUUGCCGCUCAGUCCGGCAAUUCUCUUAAGCAACCUGGACUGCUGUGUUGAGCAGACCUGGGCUGUCUACUUGUACUUUGACACGUUUCCAUAUGGGGGGGGGGUUCUUUUUUACAGUUUUCCUAAUUUUUCCUAAGGAAAAGGUUUUGUGAUAGAGCUGGUCUCUAAUGUAUAAAGCUUUAUCUUUUGUUCAUCAGCUCUGACUAGCUGGCUCCAAACAGGAGACAAGAAAGAAAAUGUCCUUUAGUACGUGGCUGACUGGGGGAGUUCCUGUAUGUGUGUGUGUGUGUGUGUGUGUGUGUGGUCACAAUAGUCAUGUCAUCCCUGACUUUCUCUUUGCUAUGUGAGGUGAACAUCCUCAUCAUCCUCACGUGGUCAGGUGUCGUGGAGUCCACCGAUGUAUUCAGUUAACUCAGUGAUGUUUGAAGGUGCGGCCGGAGGAGUCGCUUACUGUUGGUUAAAGUCUUUACUUUGGCCGAAGCCGGUGCACUCGCUCGUGUUUCAGAAUGACAUUGAAUAAGUUAAGUUGUAAUUUGAAUCCCCUUUUGAGAUGUCUCUCAACUGUUUUGUUGCAUCCUCGGUGUUGAGCAGCGACGGGCAGCUACGCUGCAAAUUCCUGAGACCAAUUUCACUUCUGAGGCCAGUGCCUUGCUGAAAAGGAAAGGCAGCGUAUUGCUAACACCUAAUGAAUGUCUUUUAAUGAAAUACAGUUUUUAAGUAAAGUAUACAGGCGUUCAUGGCUAGACAAACAACAGUUCAGCAGACUAAAGUUGUCUUCCUGGAGGACGCCAGACUAAAACACUGGUGAACUCCGAUUGGUAAUAAGUCAUGCGACUUGUUGCACGGAAGACAACGGUGGAAAGAGUGACGUCAGAGUUUGUUGUCCAUAAUGUUGUCAGACACUUCUAGUGACACAGCCUCGCUCUCUCUCGCUCUCUCUCUCUCUCUCUCUCUCUCUCCUUAGACACAACAACAUGGUUCCAGUUACCCUUUUAGAUGUGGUAAAUCUUAUUGUACAGUCAGACCCUUUGUCACUACCACGUGAAAUGAAAAGAUCAGUAAACAACAACCGGACCUCCAUUAACAACACGAGUAGUCAGUCAGAGUAUACAGAGGUCUGUUUAAUGAAUCAGUGGUGAACGAUGUUCAGUUGGAGCUGCAUACAUAACGACCUCUUGUUUCACUGAUGAAUGUAUACAUUGUUCUUUUUAUUUAACAUUUGGUCAUUGAGGAGCGUUUGUUAGCAAGUGUGUUCAUAUGAACUCUAGUCCCCCGGGUUUUGGGUCUCAUUCUGGUUUUGAGUCAUGGGAUUGUGGUCCCACUUGUUCAACAUGAUAUGGAGGGCGAUUAAUGAAAGGCUUUCAUGCCGUUGUAGAUUCGCUGUGAAGUUGGACGCAAAAUAAACCAAGUCGUUACGUCGUGCAGCCGCUCGUUCAUUUCCCUUUUUUUUCCAAAGACGACUUGUGCCGAGAACGAAGUCUGUCUCACCUGAAAGGGUUCGAUCCCCGACGCACUGUCAACAUGUGAUGUGGAGCAGUCGGGGCGGAGCUUGUUUCCCAUGUAGUGACAAAUCAAGUCUAAAAAAAGGUCCGAUCGUCCUGAUUCCUUCUUUUCCGUGGUGGUUGGACCGGUUUGAUCUCCUUUUGUUCAUGAGCUCCACACACUGACCCACAUCAUUGAAUGUUUGCCAAUGCUCUGCUGUGCCUAUUGAACUGUGUAUUGUGCUGCGUGGUUUGGUUAUGUUCUUGUUGAUGUGUUUGUUGUUGUUGUUGUUGUUGUUGUUGUUUCAUUGCCGCUUAUUUAUGAAGUGCUACGAGUGAAAGCACUUUUGCUCUGGAUGGGUGGGUGACAAAAUGACGUGGGUGUAAAUAUUUUGUAUAAAUAGUUUCUGACUUCCAACCGGCGUGUCCGCUGAUUAUUGUUCACUUUUCUGGUUUUGAUAUUCCAUGUCAUCGUGUUAAAAAUGUUCUGUUUUAAGCAGCUCGGUUUUUGUGUCUACUCUUCUUUUUACACUGGCCUUCCAAAUUCAAUUUCUUUCUUUUACACUGCAAAUAUCGUAAUAAGGAAACAUAAUAACAACGUACUACAUGUUGAAAUUGGUCCUUAGACAGUAUUUUAUGCUUUGAUGAUUUUAUGGGAGAUGUAUUCCUGUACAUGCAUUAAUAUGUAUCUCUAAUAACUUUGAGUGUUUUUGUGACCACAUUCAAACCAGACUUGGCCUGCAGAGGAGGAGUUAUGUCAUGAGGUGCUAUUGGUGUAGAUGGUUUGUUGACUCACAGGAAAAACAACUCUGGGUUCUUUCAAAUAUUCUGCUGCCGGCAUGUUUACGGAGUGAAGUCCACGUCUGAAAGCGGCUCCAGGUGCUUUGUUGUAAAUGCCACUACAAACUAAAGCCAUGACCUCCCCUGGUCACCUGGUCCCCUGGUCCCCUGGUCACCUCGUCCCCUGGUCACCUGGUCCCCUGGUCACCUCGUCACCUGGUCACCUCGUCACCUGGU